AUGUCAUUACUGGAGUAUUCGCAUUAUCAGAGCCAUGUUUUGUUCGCCAUAAUGUUCAUUUUACGGUUCGUAAUCACAUUAUUAGGAAUUUCUCGUUCACGCAUAGUAAGAAAAUUUCUCUUCGCUUUGAUUGUUGGUCGUAGCCGGAUUUUUCUCCUUGGGCAGACCCACAGGAACGUGGAAGAGUUCCCGAAAAUCUACAAGUAUUAG